AUGCUUGUACGAGCGAGCUGCAUCAGCUCGCUCUACAUCAAUGCAAGAUGCCCCCGAACAUGUCUUCGAAGCCGAAAGCUCAUCACGGCGGCUGCUAAGCGCACAUAUGCCACCGACUCCGAAAUCAACGAGGAUGGCGUCGGCAAUGCGGCCCUGUUUAGUCGCGCCCAAGCACGAUCAGCUGGCCACCCCAAAGGGGACCCGCCGUCCCUAGAUCUGCUUACGCGGCACAUAGGCAUGAUAUAUACCCGCAAGGCAGAUCCAAUAUCCGAACGCAGCGAAGUACGACGCAUAGUUGAUCUUCUUCCGACAUUUGAGUGGAGAAGUGCUACAACUCAUCUUGAUACGGCACUUUUGAUGAUCACGCCAAGGCUCGCUAGCCUGCUGCAGGAGGAUAUGUCAAGCUCUCAGGGUACUACCCAGAGUUUCCUCGAGAGUGUCAUGAAGAGGCUGUUUCCAAGGCUCUGGCACAUGAAGCUUAAUGAAGACGGGUACCCGGCCUUGAAUCAUUCUGGCGAGACUGGAGGCGAGGAAUGUCUCACACCUGAAUACCUGAGGUGGAGUCAAAGUCACAAGUCCUUUUCGGAACUCAAUGCAAUUAUCGGAGUUGUCGACAAGCUGCCGGGCCCACAGCAGUCCAGCGCCGUAUUUGCGGAGGGCCUUGAGGGUAUGGCGUACUUCAUUGGCUCUUCAAGGGACAUGACUUGGCAAGAACGUCAAGACAGUGCCAGAGAUGCUGCGCAACUGAAGUUCCGCUACAGUUCUGGACCGCUAGGUCUGUCAUCGAAUGGUGACUUCGAACUUAAUGGAAUCGCUUCACUAGCUGUGCCGAUGGCAAACACGCUUUUCAUCAAUGGUCAAUCAUCGACACUGCGACGGAUCACAUGGUCCAGGUCUUGCGAUACAGGGCAUCGCUGGGCUCACUCGUCUGCGACACAGCUGACGACCGUCGACAUCGCAGUGCGCCAGUCGUGUCAGUUGUUCGGUGACCUGUGCCUUGCACCCCUUACGAAGUUUCGACCAAUCACAUCAGCGCUGGGUAAUGUCAUCAGUUCUAUUGAAGUCGAUGGGACGUCGCAGCCAGCAUCAAGGGAGCUGGAAGCAGCCGUUGAUGAUGUUCGUCAGACGACGAAGCUGGCAGGUGACGCAACAUCACUACCUUUUUCCAAUGUCUAUGCUAUGCUGCGUUCGGCCGCUUGGCAGACGCCGAGGAAGACAUAUAAGAAUGUGUUCGAUGGCCAAAGAAUUCACCGAGUAACAGGCGGUGGAGGAGGAUGGGGCGAUCGGGCUGGCAUACUGUCUCUUGAGCCUGCGGUCUCGUUCGACACCUCAGGUCAAACGUCUACGAACGCUGCCGACACGCCCUUUGCCGCUAUAGACUUCGAUGCGCCAGAGUUGCCGGACAUUACUUCAGCACUGGAUGGCUUAAGACAAAGAUCCAACGACAUUGUACAGCCGGACGACAUGAUUGCCUUCUACCAUGACCAGGCGGUGAGAAACGUACCUAAUCAUCCGAGCUUGCGAAUGGAUCGGUACCCACAACAACUCCGCGACGCCUGGCACAGGAACAACAACCAGCAGCUAGUUCUGUUAGGCACUGCUGUGGAUCCAAAUUAUACAUAUGCAGAGGAGAGCUCAGAAGAGCGUCAACGGUGGACGACAGGGGACAACAUGAGUCCACCCGUGAAAGAAUUCCACGAUACGACGACCGAAAAACUCGCUCACGGGGAGCUUGUGCUGAUCAAGGACAGGUUCGGAGUUCUCAGCGAGCGCGGCGUUGCACUUGACUUCAUCGGUAUCAGGAAGAGCACCAAAAGGCGUAAGUCAAAAACGAACAGUGACGGCUCGAAAGCGCCACAAGAAGCCGACGAGCGCGAUGCCGGGGCGGGUCAAGCAACAGCCAACAGCACGUCGACAUCCACGGAGAGACAUGGUGAUGGUGAUGCGAACGCAACCAUCGCGAAUGAAGAUAUUGAACCUGCGAGCAACAUUCAGGAGGGGCUGGAACAAGCGGAUCGGCUCCGGGAGACUGACGAAUUGCAUACCGCCGUUGACAAUUCAGAUGACUCGACCAGUGUGCGCAACAAAGAUGUCCCGAACGACGAAACUCCAGUCCAUAUCCGCACCCUCUUGCCCGUUGCACAGAGCUACGUUGUCACUUACGCAUCUCAGGUCGAUCCUGACAACCCGAAUCGUAAACCCUCAAGCAGAAAGGCGGACCUGCCCAAGAACUGGCAGCGCAUGCUCGGUAUGAGAGAUAUGCCUGUAGGCCAUGCUCAGAGAGUCUUGAGGAAAAGUGGCAUCAGCAAGGAGCGCAUGAAGGCCAUGAUCGAAUCAGGAGAGCUGGCUGCAGCACUCAAGCGGGAGCAGUUGGCUCGAGCUCCUGAUGCCGUACCAGAAAGUGAGCAGCCGUCUAGCGAAGGGGAAAGGAUCAAUGCCGCCGCAGCAGAUCCAAAGCAGUCUCAAGACCGGGCCAGACAGGAUCAGACGAUUUCUCGCGGAGCACGGUUACAGGCGCUGCGGGAGAGGCGAGAGCGCGAGAGCCGCAGUCCGUCUUCAUCGCCCUAUGAUGAUGAGGCUGUUGCAGUAGAGACGCCAUCACAGGACUCUGCCGCUCAUGUGAUUGAAAGGCACCACCACACCGAGUUAAGGAUGGACGACAGCACAGCCGGAAGCGGUAGCAACGUGCAAACCCUCAAACACCUGCUAGGCGACCUCACCCUCUCGGACACAUACAAGCGCGCGGCGCUUGAUGAGGCGCUUGCUAAGGGCACAGCCACUGCGGGCAUGGUGCAGGAGUGGGCGGAGGCGCGAGGCCAGGUGGAAGAGCAGAGAGAGUUGGCGAAUGGAGUGAGGAAGAUGGUGGACUUGAUCUCGGAGUUCGAGAGGAUAAGGAAGGAGAGGAGGAAGCUUAGUAGAGAGCUAGAGAAGCGGGAGAAGGCCAAGAACAAGAUGAGGAUUAGGAUAAAGUAUGGGAAUAAGGCGAUGAGGGAGGAGGAGAAGGCGCUGAAAGAGAGGGAGAAGGUGAAGAAGGAGAGGAGGGACUUGGGGCACGACUUGGCUAGGGAAAUGGCUCGGUCGAGGAAGGAGAAGGCGAAGGAGAAGGAGAGGGCGAGGGAGAGGGGUACUUGGUCGGAACUCUUCAAGGAGAUGUAG